AAGGCUUGGUUCGACCACUCAACAACUACCACCACCACCACCACCACUACUACAACCACCACUGCCGCUGUCCAGUCCAACCUGGUCUUGGUUGGAACCCGCCAGCCCAACGUCGUCCCCACAGCAGCCCUACUACCACCACCAACGAUACGCAUACUAUAUUCCACCGCCGGCCCACCGCUUAGUCAGCGACCCCGUCGUCGCGCCCGACUUCACCAUGACCACUUCUCCGCGCCGCGUCGCGGCUCGCAUUGUCGAGGUCCGCCCGGCUGGCUACGGCCCUGCCCGCCCGAUCACUCCGCCGAAAGAGGUCCGAUUUGCCGUGGGCUCCGACGACCUCACCCGCAACCUCGACGCCGAUGAGCGAUGGGCGGUAUUCCACUGGGAGGCACACGCACGGAAAUGCAACAAGGCAUGCGGCAACUUCAAUGACACCUCCCGACACCACGCCGUCUGCGAGACCGGUCGCCCGCUCGCCCACGCCUUGACCCAGCAUGCCGUCUACCACAAGCACGAAAUUUACAGCACCCGCGCGCUCGGCCUCGACGCCGUCCGCCUGGAGCUCAAGUCCAACUACCGCGCCGCCCGCAACCUGCUCAAGGCGGUUUCGCAAGGCUUCAGCCUGCAACCGACCGUCCGCAUCCACCACUCAUACGCACCGCUCACUCCGCCCUUGACGCCCGUCAUGGACGACCGCGCCUCGUCCCACCGCUCAUACUCCCCACCCCGGGACAACGUCAUCAUCGAGCCCGCCGCGUCGUCUUCGCCCCGCUACACCACCCGGCGGACCUACCACCGAUACCCGCGUGCAGCGCUCUUCCCCGACGACACCGUCGACUACUCGGGCUACUCGCCAGCGACGUCGUCACAGCAGCAGCACAUCCUCGUCGGCAACAGCGGCGCCGUCCAGUCCCCCGCACCGGCGUCAUUAUCGCCCUCGCCCUCGCGCCCGCGGUACCGCACCGAGUUGCACGAGCCCUCGUUACGCCACACCGUGUACGAGCAAGGCCGCGGCUCGUCGCGCCUCACCAUCCCGGCGCGACAGGACCGAUACUCCACUUACUACGCGUGAGUGCGAAGUGUCUGGAUCCGUCUUCAAACGAUGACCUCUUUUCUAUUUCUGGGACGAAUGUAUGAGUCAUGACAUCGGAUUUCUACGAACGGGACGGGAAAAACAAGCCGAGGCGUUUUCCUAUCGGCGUUGACCUGUUUCACUGCAUUGGCAUAUCGGAUUUCACCGCUAUGAUCCACGGGCGUUUGUUUGUCUGUUUGUUUGUUGUCGCUGUUGUUAUACCACCUGCCUCGUCGCCCCCCGCUCUAAUCAAGUCGGAGGA